UGUAGGUUUAUUUAUUAAAUAUUUUUAAAAAUGUGAGCUAUAUCUGAAACACAAUUCUGAAUUGCACUAUGAAUUCAUUACCUAAUAAUACUUUUAAUUAUGAAUAUAAUAGUAAAAUGCUUAUUUAAAUAAACAAAUUACUUAUCUCAGUAAACAAAUACCAGCAACAAACAUGGAUUUUGAUAAAGCAAUUACAGUGACGAAAAUUUAUACGAAAAAUAAGAUGUAUUACGUGAUGGUGGGGUGGCAAACCAAGUCUUUUGAAAUGUACCUGUUUGAUAAUGAUAAGGUUUGGAAAGGAUUCUUUUCACCAAAUAGACUGGCUGGCUUAAGCAGAAAUCUGCAAAUGUCCGAAAAAGAAUACAUCAAAAAUACAAGAUACUGUCUUUCUCACCAUAGGGAAGACCAUAUUUAUGAGCUUAAAAGUGGAUUCUUCUACUGGAAACGAAAAGCUGCAGACUCGUCUAUAAUUAUUGAAGGAUUCUUGCCCAUGGAUAUUGAAACAGCACCUACAGAGAGCCUGCCAAAUCUCGUGGAAGUUUUACUGGCUUUAAAUGAAUAUCUAAUAAUUAAAGCAAAGGAUUGGAAAUGUAAAUAUAAAAGCCUUGAAACAGAAUAUAAUAAGUGCUUAAAGGAUACCGAAGAUUUUCUCAAUCUUAAAAUUGAUAUGGAUAAAGCUCUGUGUAACAAAUUCCUUAAAUUGUUAAAUAUGAAAAAAUAUAAUACGGACAACGAAGGUGAUAAUAAAUGUUAUGCGUUCAGUGAAACACUGAAGGAGUUACAGAAACAAUAAUUCCACAAGUUUGUCAACUAAAAUGAGAAAUUAAUUGUUAAUAAAAACAUAGAAUCCG